GUACUGUAAAAUUAGUUAAAGUUAUUUGAAUCAAAUCAAAAUGGGUAUUCUAGGUUUAUCUAAGUUAAUUGCUGACAUAGCACCUCAUGCUGUCAAAGAAAUGGAAAUCAAAAAUUACUUUGGAAGAAAAAUAGCUAUUGAUGCUUCUAUGAGCUUAUAUCAGUUCCUUAUCGCCGUAAGAAGUGAAGGAGCCCAACUAGUCUCUGUAGACGGAGAGACUACAUCACAUCUGAUGGGUACAUUUUACCGUACUAUAAGACUGGUAGAAAAUGGGAUUAAACCAGUGUAUGUCUUUGACGGGAAACCUCCAGACAUGAAGGCUCAUCAGUUGAAUAAGAGAGCAGAAAGGAGAGAGGAAGCAGAGAAAGAAUUGCAAAAAGCUACUGAAGCCGGUGACACAGCUUCAGUGGACAAGUUCAACAGACGUUUGGUUAAAGUAACAAAACAACACAGUGAAGAGGCUAAACAACUCCUCAAAUUGAUGGGUGUCCCGGUUGUUGAUGCACCCUGUGAGGCUGAAGCCCAGUGUGCAGCUCUUGUAAAAUCCGGUAAAGUUUUUGCAGCAGCCACAGAAGAUAUGGAUGCCCUAACCUUUGGUGCACCAGUGCUAUUGAGACACUUAACGUUUUCUGAAGCAAGGAAAAUGCCCGUGCAAGAAUUCCAUUUAAAUAAUGUACUACAGGGAUUGGAAUUGAAACAGAAUGAGUUUAUUGACCUCUGCAUACUCCUUGGCUGUGAUUACUGUGGUUCCAUUAGAGGGGUUGGCCCAAAACGAGCCAUCGACCUCAUAAGACAACAUCGGACACUGGAUGAAGUACUCAAGAAUAUAGACACUGAGAAGUACCAACCUCCCACUGACUGGGAUUACGAGCGAGCUAGGAGUCUGUUCAUGGAACCUGAAGUCGCUGACCCUAAAGACAUUGAGCUGAAAUGGACUGAUCCCGAUGAAGAGGGCCUCGUGAAGUUUCUGUGUGGGGACAGACAGUUCAAUGAAGAACGAGUGAGGAAUGGAGCUAAGAAGUUAAUUAAAGCCAGGACGGGCACCACACAGGCCAGAUUAGAUGGGUUCUUCACGUUAACGACAACGCCUAAUUCGAAACGUAAAGCUGAAGAGGACAAGAAGAAUUCAGCAAAGAAGAAAACUAAGACCGGAGGUGGAGGACGCGGUCGGAAACCGAAAUGAUUAUGUGAGUCAAUUAAUAUCUAUGUACGGAUAGAUUCCUCGAACUAAAAUAAACAGUUGUCAAAGCCGAUAAUGGGUUAAUGUACCUUUUCUGAAAAACAAAACAAUAAUCAUUUGUAAAUCAAAGUUGUGUAGAUAUAAAAUUUCGAUACAUAUUCGAAGUUCAUCGCGCAAGGGAAAUUUUUUAAUAAAAAGUUGCCUCUAACCACAUCAUAUGAAAGACUGGUGUUGGCCAUGUACCCUGUCUAUUUCUGCCGUGAAGCAGUAAUGCGUUUCGGUUUGAAGGGUGAAGCAGCCGUUGUAACUAUA